UCCAUGUCAAAUAACCGCCAACAGCCACCAUUGGCCAAACGAAAACCAAGCGCCAUCAACAUGGAAGCUGGUGGGGACGGCAAGGCCAAAGGCCGGCAGAGCAAGCGGCGCAACGAGCGCAUCCGAACCUUCUACAAGAUCAACAACAACUCCAUUAUGUCCCGGGAGGAGCUCUCCCAUGAAGAGAUCGCAGCCUAUGUGGGUCAUAUUGACAACAAGUGCCUAGCAAGGUUUGGCGUGAUGAAGCUGUCCAAGUACAACCUUAACGUACCUUGCGGGGUGUCCAUGGACAACGCGACUUCGAUGUCGCUGCUUGGUUACGCCGCCGUCCACUCGCCGCAGGUGUGUCUGUCGUUGUUGUAUGCUGGCGCCGAUCCCUCGUACGACUGCCAAAGCGGCCUGGUCAUCCAUCCCGAGUCCAGGGCCAUGUUGCUUCGAUAUCCCAUCCAGUACAUCGUUUGGAUCAUCUCGCUCCUCGCUUUGUCGAUAAGUCAACGCCACGGAAGCGCAUGUGUCCAUUGUAGCGACGAUUCCAACCACGUCGUGCAGCUGUCACCUUGCCGCCAUCCCAUCUGCCAAGGCUGUUUCUGGGCCCACUUCUCUCUCCUCCGCAUCGACCAGGACUUGACAUGCCCGCAUUGCCAUGUCGACAUCGAGAAUGCCGCGUCCACGUGUCCUCCGCGCCCGCCGCCAACCGCCGAUGCGCCAUCCACCAUCGCCCAAGCGUCACUCGAUGCGUACUUGCGCCUGUCCCACAUCCCCCCCAAAGGCCACAAGAACGUGAAACCCACCGUGGAACCUCUGCCGCUGUGGCGCGCAUUGCAAUUGUACGUCGGCCUCACGCCCAAACAGCGCGACGCCGAGAUGUUCAAGGCUGUCGUCGCGAGGAAUGCCGGCCGACUCCGAGCACUGGUGCAUGUGGGGGUAGAUGUCAACUGCCGCAACGAAUACGGCCAAACAUGCUUGUUCAUGGCGGCAUGGACGGGUGACUUGGGGUGUGUGGAGGCCCUGCUCGCGUCCGGCGCGGCGGCCGACUUGGCCGACAACGCCGGCACGUUGCCAUCACAAUGCGCACUGCGUCAUGGUCACCAUGCCAUCGCUUCAAUUCUAUAUCAAGCAAACAUGAUCUUGCCAUGUCAAGAUCAUCAUGAGGGUCAAGAAGGUGUGGUGGCCAAUGGUUUGGAACACCUGCAUCCUCCAACCCACCAUGACUCCCGCUUUGUCGAGCUGAUUCCGUCCGCGUCGGCGCACCCCGGGGCUGGCAGCGGGUACUUUGACAAUGCCUUUCCCGACGACUUCUUGGCGCGACUCGACGCGCUGCACGGGACCCUCCCCGUGGCCCCCAAGGAGAAGGAAUCGUGUUCGAAUCGGUCGUACUUUUGCGAUUCAUUGGGGUGGGUGCUCGACGGAGUCCGCCGCGCGUGCGGCCGCGCCGUGUUCCCCAACAUGCGCUUCCUCCAUUACACUGACGUCGGCGGCAGUUUGCCCGCCCACGUGGACCUGUCCCGCACCGACUUGCAGGGUGUGACAUCGACCAAGACAUUUAUCAUUUACCUCACUACGUGCGCCAGCGGCGGACAGACCAACCUCCUCACCUCGACCAACGCCCACGACCACAAUGUGUUGGCUGCAGUCCAGCCUCGUCGCGGCAGAUUGCUCAUCUUUCCGCACUUGUGUCCACAUGAAGGCGCCGUCGUACAGCAUGUGCCCAAGCUGCUCCUACGCGGGGAAAUGUACUAGAGCUUACAUCAGCAAAUCGAGUGAUGAGAUUAUACAAUGUGAUACAG